UAGCAUUUUAAAUUUCCUUGGAAUCAGAGUAUUUUAAAUGGUGUGUUUCCUUCUAUGGAGGAUUAAGCUCCUGAAUCUUCCUGUUUGAAUUCAUUCAUGGUAGAAUACUAUUGCAUUUCCUUUCACCAGGCCUAGGAUGGACAUCCAUGUUUCCCAAUUCCUUACUAACUCUCCCUUUAUCUAAUGUGAUCUUACUGUCUUUUAGUAGCAUUUGCAGUUGUCUAUUGCUUCAUAGUUUCAACUGAGAGCAGUUGCCAUUACAAGCCAGGAUCCCUCAAUGGGGUGUAUUCUAGAAUUCUGCCCAGCAAAGCAAUAGACAUCAUGAUGAGUCGUGAGUGGAAUUGCAACCAUUUGUAGAGUCGCCAGUGACUGUGUGGCCUUUGCAUAGGGUGUGCAGCACAGAGUGAAUUGACUAUACCAAACACCAGAUUCCACAGAGAUCACAGUUUUCUUCUCUUUCUCCACAUUGUUCCAUUUAGGUCAUCCUGCAUUUCAUGGUAGGCUCUCCUAGUGCAGCAGUGAGUCAGGACCUGGCUCAACUGCUGACUGAAGCUGGCCUGAUGAAGAGCAGUGAGCCUGGGGAACCUCCCUGCAUCACAUCCUCUGGCUUCCAGUUCCUGUUGCUGGAUACUUCAUCACAGCUGUGGUACUUCAUGCUCCAGUAUCUCCAGUCAGCAGAGACCAGGGGCAUGGACUUGGUGGAGAUUCUUUCCUUCCUCUUUCAGCUCAGCUUCUCCACACUUGGCAAGGAUUAUUCUGUGGAAGGAAUGAGUGAUUCUCUUCUGAACUUUCUGCAGCAUCUCCGGGAAUUUGGCCUGGUGUUUCAAAGAAAGAGAAAAUCCAGACGUUACUAUCCCACCCGCUUAGCUAUUAAUCUUUCCUCCGGCAUCUCAGGUACCACCGUGGACACCCAUAACCAAGGCUUUAUUGUGGUGGAGACCAACUACAGGAUCUAUGCAUACACAGAUUCAGAACUACAGAUUGCAUUAAUUGCCCUCUUCUCUGAGAUGCUGUAUCGCUUCCCUAACUUGGUGGUGGCGCAAGUCACCCGGGAGAGCACACAGCAGGCCAUUGCCAACGGGAUCACGGCCGAUCAGAUCAUUCACUUCCUACGGACACGAGCUCACGCCGUGAUGCUGAAACAGACCCCUGUACUGCCCCCCACAAUCACAGAUCAGAUCCGGCUGUGGGAACUGGAACGGGAUAGACUGCGCUUUUCUGAGGGUGUCCUAUACAACCAGUUCUUAUCUCAGGUGGACUUUGAGCUGCUCCGUGACCAUGCCAAGGAACUUGGGGUCCUGGUUUUUGAGAACCCAAUCAAGCGUCUCAUGGUGGUGACUCCCGCCGGCCACUCAGACGUCAAGCGCUUCUGGAAGCGUCAGAAACACAGUUCAUGAAGGCAUUGAUUGUACUCCGUGUUCUUCUGAUCAUGCUUGUUGGAAAGUGGACCAAACAGAAAGGCAGGAAUAUUCUUUCCCUCCCAUUACUUCGAGUGGAUGAAAGACAGGCGGAGAGAAGGAAAACAGGGGUGGCUGACUGAUUAUCCCUUUUCAGCCAAAAAGAGAUUCGAAACUUGCUUUUUUAAAAAAAAGAACAGAAAAGGUCAUUGGUUCAGUCUAAGUGUCACCUUUGCAUCAACACUCUCCGGUAGGAAUGACACCCUAGCUGGGAUGAAGCACUGGCAUUGAAAUAGGUUAGAAGUGAACAAUGAAAUGCUUUGAAAAAAUAGAAAUAGCAGGGACAAAGCCAUCUCACUAAACUAAAAGUCCAGAAAGUUUGUUUGUGGAAAGUUACUAAAGUUGAGAGGAUGUUCCCUGCAUGGUUGAAUACUGAAUCUUCAAGGUGCCAGGGAGUUCUAGUAUCAGACUGUCUACAACCUGGCACCAUCCUACUCUUUUGACCCUUCCUGAGACUUGUCUGGGGAAUGAUAGAAAUUGGAGCUCAGUACAUCUGGAAUGCAACACCUUGAAGAAGGUCAGGAAAAAAAGUAUUAAGCAAUUAUCAUUUUUAUCCUUUAAAUGGCUUGACCCUCUCCGCUGAAAGGGUACAGAAAGAAGAGACAGCCUUUCAUUCUAGUUUUAUAGAAACUGCUAAUUUGUGACAAAACACAGCUUAUAUUCAGGUUGCCUUGUUCUAAUAAGACGUGUGUUUUUAUAGGGGUAAUUCAAGGAGUUUUUUCUAUCCAUGUGUGAAUGAAGACAGAUCUCUAUGCAGGAGCUGGGUUUACACAUUGCACUCACCCAUAUUGUGAUUAGUUUGGCCCUAACAUAAUGUGUUCAGCACACCAAAUCACCCUCUCUUGAUCUGGUGGUUUGCCUAAUUUGAUAUCAAUUUGAUAUUCCAUCAUGGGGAUGCCAUUUGCUUUUUUAAAAACCAGUGCCAAAUACUCAGAUUUUCACCAUGAUUCAACACUGUCACUCCAGCAUGAAGAUGCUAUGAUUUCACUUGUUCCUCUUCUACCUGUGUGGGAGAUUUUGGUUGAAGUUGAGCAGAUUACCUGCUCACCAAUCUGCCCUGCGUUGGUGAACUUUCUAAAUCCUGUAUGCACAGUUGAAGCCUCUGUUGACAUGGACAUGUAGGUCAACAGGCUUGUCAUUCCACCUCUUUUUAUCUGAAGUCCAGAUGUUGAAUUAAAGCUAGCUGAGAAAUUGUGGGAAUAUCUUCAGGUUUUUAUUCUUCAUCCUAAAUUUGGCAUCUCCAAACACUGUGGAGGAAAUUGUGUAUUUUAUACUUGGGAAGCUGCGCUAGGUGGCUUAUGGGUGAUUGUAAAGAGGAAAUGGGAAUCUUUUACGUACAUCAAACAGAUAAAUAUAUUUUUUCUAAAAAAAAAAGAAAUAAAAUAAAGUACCUUGGGUGUAUUCCUGUACUCAGAAGGAUCUGUCAUUCUAAAGGAUAAAUCUAGCAAAUGUAUAAUUGCCAGAGGUGAAUAACGCCGAAGUUCUCAUUCCAGACAUAAUAAAAUUCUUAGUUAUCUCUGGUUCUCAUAGAUACAGGUUUUGUAUCACUGAAAGGGAAUUCCUUCCUCAAUCUGAAGUUUGCCAAAUUGCUUUAGUGGUUUUUUUUCCCUAUUGUGAUACAAACUUACAAUAACUU